GCCGUCUCAGGUCCUUGCAGUUGAAAUCAGUCAUGACGGGGGAGCUGUGAGCUGAGACCUUUUCGCAUCGUAGCGAGUAGACAUAGUACAUCCGAUUUUCUUUCCCGGACGGUGUUGACAACCAAGAAACAUGAAGACCAUCCUUGCCGCAUACUCGGGCGUGCUUAAAGGCACCGGCUCCAGCAUCCUAUCCUCCCUGCAGGACCUGCCUUUGGCUUUCUGGCCAUGUGGAUCCAAGAUAGAGAAACAUCUCCAGGUCAUCGCCGUGCUGCAGUGGGUCAUCAGCUUCUUAGCCUUGGGGGCAGUCUGCACUGUUCUGCUAAUCUACAUGUUCUGUACCGAUUGUUGGUUUAUCGCCGCCCUUUACACCUCCUGGCUCAUUGUUGACUGGAACACCCCGAAACAAGGUGGGAGGAGAUCUUCAUGGGUCAGAAGUUGGACAGUGUGGACAUACUUUCGAGACUACUUUCCAAUAAGGCUAAUUAAAACCCACAACCUGCUGCCCAAUCGAAAUUAUAUCUUCGGCUACCAUCCCCAUGGCAUCUUCUGUUUUGGAGCUUUCUGCAACUUCGGAACAGAGGCUACAGGCUUCUCCAAGAAAUUUCCAGGCAUCAAGCCCUCUCUAGCAACUUUGGCAGGGAACUUCCGAAUGCCUGUCCUCCGAGACUACCUGAUGUCUGGAGGUAUUUGUCCUGUCAACAAGGAUUCCAUUGAUUACCUGCUGACAUGCAACGGCACAGGAAAUGCAGUGAUCAUUGUUGUCGGAGGCGCAGCGGAGUCCUUACACAGCGCGCCAGGCAUGCACUCUGUCAUCCUGAAGAACCGGAAAGGCUUUGUGAGAAUAGCACUCCAAAAAGGGUCUGACUUGGUUCCAGUAUAUUCCUUUGGGGAAAACGAUGCGUACAAGCAAAUAAUCCUGGAAGAGGGCACUUACUGGAGAACUCUCCAGAAGAAAUUACAGAAGUUGUUAGGCUUCGCUCCUUGCCUUUUCCACGGAUGUGGCCUCUUCUUUGGCAACUCCUGGGGUAUCGUGCCAUACGGCAAACCGAUCACAACCAUAGUCGGGGAGCCGAUCACAGUGCCAAAAACGGAGGAUCCGUCUGAUGAGAUGGUGGAUCUUUAUCACGCGAUGUAUGUUAAGUCCCUCCAGUGCCUGUUUGACAAGUACAAGACCUGUUUUGGCUUAAAUGAGAGUGACAUUCUGUACAUUGAGUGAAAGAAUGAAGGGGAAACUCUAAACAUUGAGAACUGUGUAACUUCUGACCCACCCCACCUUCAGACCGCUCCCCAUCUCAGUCCAGCCCCGGAUUGGGAUAAUCUUUGGACUCUAAUCUACAUGAGCACAUUUUGCUUCCCGUCUCCCAAGCAAAAAAAAAAAAAAAGCGUAGAUUGUCCUCAGGGAUUGGAAGGUUUUGAGAAAAUGGCACUGUGGCGUGGACCAACAUUUGAACAUGACACACUGUGGGAUCCCUGAACACAAGUGCCUUUUGUGUGUAGAUUUACAUUUUCUGACUGAAGACAUCCAACUAUAUUAUGCGUGUCAUGUAAAUGCAGAGGUGAAGGUAAGAACUUCAAAAUGUAUGCGUUCACAUAAUUCCCCACUAAGCUCUGUAAAAUAUUAUUUUAUAAAAGCACAACCAAUGCAUAUUAAGUGUGCCACUAUGAUAAUCGGAUGCACAAACCCACAGAUGAAUGGGGUUGCCAAAGAGCUACUGUGUCCGCACAAACACACAUACAGCUCCAAAUGUUUUCUUAAGGAAAGCCUCUACUUCUCCAUGGGAUUCCUGUGUUGCAAAUGCAAUAUAUGUCUGCGUGUGAUUUUUAGACUGCCAUAAAGUAUUAAUUGUCUUCAAUAUCGAGGAAAAAGAAGCCUGUGUCGGUGCUUGUCUCUUGAAUGAAUAGUUCCAAUGCACUUUGUGUCACCGAUUCUAUUACAGGGGUUUUGUCACAAGAAGAAGAAGAAAAAAAACUAAGGUUUUGACAUAGAUGAUUCUCAUUUAUUGUCCAAGUGGUAUUCAAGUGUGGAUGGAUGUGUGCCGUGAAAAGUGAAGUAGUGGCCUUUAUCUUCAAGUGCUUUUGGAGGGUUUACGACUGCCUUCCAGAGUGGAUGAUAUCAAUAAACAUACCCGUUUUUAAAUUGAAGGCAUCCUGGAUUACUUUGCAAAUAUGCAGUCAGUGUUAAUUGGGCAAAAAGGAAGGAAAUGUCUUCCAUAAUGCCUUAUGUGUAUUACCGGAUAUUGGAGGAUGUCACUCAUAAUAAAAAGUGUGAUGGACUGUAUGUCAAAAAUCAUCACACAAUUUGGGUUUGGGAUUGCCAUAUAUUAAAAGCAGUUCUUAAUUUCCGACUGUCAUUUGGAGAUGAAUGUCCACUGGUUUUGCUAUUGUGAAUUUAAUAUAAAGAUCAGUGUACCGGUAAUUCAUGUGCGAUACAACUGCAAGAAUUGCACGGCAAAGAUUUGUCUGUAUGAUGUAUGAUGUGUGCCGAACUAUCUUAAAUUAAACUUUUGUAUAUUUUCAGAAGGAA